GCGCCCCAAAGGUUAUUGCCACUAUUCGAGCGUGCGCACAAGCGGAUUUGUGAACUUAGUCGAAAAACGUUUCUUGAUGCUUUCUCUCGCCAAUCUCCCAAACUCGACUUCGUUCGAGAAAUCGAGAAUCGCCUAAGUCAUUUCUAAGUGCGAUCUGUGUCGGAAUGGACGUGGAGAACUCUGGAAAUGACGGUGAUUCGAAGCCUACUAAAGAACAUGAUACUAACCAUGUGAAUGGAGUGAAUGGCUACUCUGACAAACACAAGAGUCACAAAUCCGAACAUAAGGACAAACAUAGGGACAAAGACAAAGAUAGGAGCAAAAGCAAGGACCACAAGAGUUCCAGUAGGGACAAAGACAAGCAUCACUCUAGCUCCAAGGACAAGGACCGUCACAGCAGCUCCCACAAGUCUUCUAGCAAGGACAAGGACCGCAGUGACCGAGACAAAAACAGGCAUAGGGACAAAGAUAGGGACGAGAAAAAAUCAAGUUCAUCCAAGGACAAGGAUAGGGACCACAAGAGUUCCCAGGAUAAGGUCAAAUCCAGCAGUUCCAAGGAUAGGGACCAUGAAAAGGAUAAAGAGAGGAGGGAUAAAGAUAAGGAAAAGGACAAAUAUAAACAUAGUUCCUCCAGGGAUAAGGACAAAGAUAGGCAUAGUAGUUCCAAAGAUAAGUAUAGGGAUAAGGAUAAGCAUCAUUCCAGUUCCAAGGAUAAAGAUAGGAAGGACAAGGACAAGGAUAGAAAAUCUGAAAAGGAGAAAAAUGCAGAAGUUGAAAAAAUUAAACAAGACCCAGAACCAUUACCCCAAAUUCCUAAAUUCGAGGUUCCCCCAGUUAAAGAGGAGAACAGCACUGACGAUGAUGAAGAUAAGUUAGUAAUCAAGGACGAAUCUAUGAGCCAAGAAGAGGCAGACAAUGAUCAGAAUGUAUCAGCUACCAGCAGCUGUGACUACAAUCUUUCACAGUUCAAAAAAGAUGAAUCUCAGUUUGAACAAUCAGAAGAGGAAGAGAAAUCACAGGACCCCAUCAAAACUGAGCCUCAAGAUGAAGAAAGUGAAGAAGAUGUACCAUUGGCUGCUCGUGCUAGCAACACCAAAAGAAAAAUAGAAUCCGAUGAUGAAGAAGAUAUUCCACUGAGCGCCAGGAAAAAACCCAAAUUAGAGAAACCGGAAAAAAAGAAAAAGAAGAAGAAGCGCGACUUGGAUGAAGAAGAAGAGGAGUAUAAUGACUACAAACCAGAAAAGAAAAUCAAGAAGGAAAAGCACAUAAAGAAGGAGCCUGUGAAAGAAAGCCCUAAGAAAGGAGGAAAGAAAAAGAAGGAAGAAGAGGAACCAGAAGUCUGGAAAUGGUGGGAGGAAGAAAAAAAAGAGGACGGGGUCAAGUGGACCUUCCUGGAGCACAAGGGCCCCGUUUUCGCGCCCCCCUACGAGCCUAUUCCGACAAGCGUCAAGUUCUACUAUGACGGCAAAGAAUUGCUGCUGUCAGAACAGGCAGAGGAGGUGGCAGGUUUCUAUGCCAAAAUGUUGGACCAUGACUACACCACCAAAGAGGUGUUCAACAAGAACUUCUUCAAAGACUGGCGCAAGGUGAUGACAGAAAAAGAAAGAGCUCUAAUUGUUGAUUUGAAAAAGUGUAAUUUCAAGAAAAUGCAGGCCUAUUUUCUGGAUCUGUCUGAGAAGAACAAGAGCAAAAGCAAGGAGGAAAAGCUUGCACUCAAAGCAAAGAACGAGGAAAUGGUGAAAGAAUACGGGUUCUGUAAGAUUGAUGGACAUACAGAGAAAAUCGGGAAUUUCAGAAUUGAACCUCCUGGUUUGUUCAGAGGUAGAGGAGAGCACCCGAAGAUGGGCAAACUGAAGCGGCGCGUCGAAGCCGAGGACAUCAUCAUCAAUUGCAGCAAGGACUCGAACAUACCGAAAGCGCCGCCCGGCCACAAGUGGAAGGAGGUGCGGCACGUGAACACGGUCACGUGGCUCGCCUCGUGGACGGAGAACGUCCAGAACCAGGUCAAGUACAUCAUGUUGAAUCCGAGCUCUAAGCUCAAGGGGGAGAAGGAUUGGCAGAAGUACGAGACGGCGAGAAGGUUGCACAAGUCCAUCAACAAGAUCCGCUCGGAGUACCAGCAAGACUGGAAGUCCAAAGAGAUGAAAAUCAGGCAGCGAGCCGUGGCCCUGUACUUCAUCGACAAACUGGCCCUCAGGGCUGGUAACGAGAAGGACGAAGACCAAGCCGACACGGUCGGUUGCUGUUCCCUUCGCGUGGAACACAUCCAACUUCUCGAGAAGAAAGACGACAAGGAAUACGUGGUUGUUUUCGACUUUCUCGGUAAAGAUUCCAUCAGGUACUACAACGAGGUGCCGGUGGAGAAGCGAGUGUUCAAGAAUCUGCAGCUGUUUAUGGAGAACAAGAAGGAGGGCGACGAUCUGUUCGAUCGGCUCAAUACUACCAUCAUGAACAAGCACUUGAACGAGCUGAUGGAAGGUUUAACGGCCAAGGUGUUCCGUACGUACAACGCUUCGUGGACGCUGCAACAACAGCUAGAUUUGUUGACCAACGAAGACGACAAUUUGGCGGAGAAAGUUUUGAGCUACAACAGGGCGAAUAGAGCGGUGGCUAUACUUUGUAACCAUCAAAGGUCGGUGCCCAAGGGGCACGAAAAGUCGAUGGAGAAGCUCAAGGAGAAGAUCGACGCCAAGCGGGAUUCCAUCAAGGACGCCGAGCGACAGGUGAAAGACGCCGUCAGAGACGCGAAACACGGCAGCGUCAAAGAAAAAUUGAUCGCCGACAAAAAGAAGAAAAUGUUGCAGCGGCUCAAAGAGCAGCUGGUGAAGCUCGAAAUCCAAGAAACCGAUCGCGACGAGAACAAAACCAUCGCUUUGGGCACCUCGAAGCUGAACUAUCUCGAUCCGCGGAUUUCUGUGGCUUGGUGCAAAAAGUACGACGUGCCGAUCGAGAAGAUCUACAACAAGACGCAACGCGACAAGUUCCGGUGGGCCAUCGAUAUGGCGGGGCCAGACUAUCGGUUCUGAGUCUCCUGGCUUUCUGAGGCAUCACAAACACAUCAACGGUUCGGGGUUUGGCUGGUAGGCCAGCGCGAGAUUGUACAGGUAUCGGCGUCGGGCUAGGGGGUUUCUGAUUGAAAUCCACAGAUUUCUGAUCUAUUCAUGGACUUUUGAUGAAAAAUUAUAUUUUACAUGCUUAAAAUAAUUAUGAUGGCGAUUGCGUUAUGAUUGUUUUCGGAAUUCGUCGUAUCGGUCGUAUUUAUCCCACACCUGACACCAUUUUUUCUAAGAGGUUCUAUCGCCAUUGCGAUCAUCAAUUCAUCAUAAUAAGUAUGAACAUUGACAGAAAAUUCAAGGAUAUUCAAGAUUUUCGAUAUGGAGUAGUAUGAACAUAAUGAACAUUCAGUGUACACAGAGAAGUGUACAAAAAACGGCCAAUGCUGUGAUUCCUGAAUCAUUCGAGAUCGGAUUCUGCAAUUUGGUAGGUAGCAAAUACAUUAUAAUAACAUGUUCAUUUUUAAAUUUUGUAAGGGUUGUGUCUUGUCUCACACCUGAUACCAUUGUGAUCAUCAACAAUUCAUCACAAAUAAACACAUUGGCAGAAAUUUCGAGGAUAUUGAAUGUUUUCGUUUUAUUACCCGUGUUUCUAUUUUUUUUAGUAUAGUUGAAAAGAUUCAUCCUCUGAAAAAAACUUGAAAUUUUUUGUAUCCCACACCUGACACCAUUUCUGCAGAAUGGUCCCUCUGCUGUUGUGUGGCAUUUUUUCUUGAAAAUUUUUGCAUGAGAUAAAUCAUCCUACAAAAAUUUUGUAAUUUUUUAUUCGGGUCAUUUGAACAACCGGUUCCAAAUUCCUAAUAGUAUCAGAUCUCUGUGGGGUUUCAAAUUAAAAAAAAAAUCGCAAUAUAUUUUAGCAACAUAAAAUAGUGAUUUGCAUUGUUUAAAAAGGUUCUUUUCAGCAUGUGGCUUACCAGACGAAUUUUGCAAUCAGAAAAUCUAGAUCCCUAUUUUAAGUCUAAAUUAAAUCAAUUAUUUAGUGAUGUUUCAAAUUUUAUUUUAGUGAAUGAUUUAUGUAUGUGCGAUAGAUAUUUAAUAUCUCUGUACAAAUAAUUACUGAAAAGUGAAUUAAAUUGAGGACUACUGCAUUUUCUUCAAUUUUGGACCGACCACGAGCAAAAACUAAAGCAAUUCUUAAAAAAAUAUAUCUUGUGAUGAUUCAGAGUUGAAUUUGAUGUAGUUUCGGAACUUCCAGUAAUUUCCCAAUUUUGAUUGUAAUGAGUAUUUUUUAUUUAUGAAAGUUGGGGUGUGUUAGUUUGGUAAUAUCAUUUUAUGUCCCGAUGACCAAUGUUCAGUUGUUCACACUGUUGUCAUGACAGAAAUGUAGUAUUCGGUCUGUAUAUUACAGAUUUUAUUUAAUAAAAAGAAUGUCAAAAGGCCUAA